UUUGAAACGUUAAACCCCUUUCCCUUUUCCCUCUUCUCUCUUGGUUUGUAUAGUUGAGUUCCGUGUGUUUGUCAAGACGCUAGCAACGUCUCUCGCGUCGCUCUUCAUUAUUCACAAAGAUAACGCCAAAGAGAUCGCCACAAAUGCAAGAGAUUUUCGGAUCAGUUCGCCGAUCACUGGUAUUCCGCCCUUCGCCGGACAACGACGACCACUCCUUCGGUGGAGGAGUCGGAGGAACCCUAGUUACUAAGAUCACUGACUGCAUCCGCAGUUCCAGAGUCUUCUCCUCCUCCAAACCAUCGCCGCCGUCUCCGCCUCGCCACAGGGACACCACCGUGCCUCCGAUCCGAUGGCGCAAGGGCGAAUUGAUCGGUUGCGGUGCCUUUGGACAAGUCUAUGUUGGAAUGAAUCUCGAUUCCGGAGAGCUUCUGGCUGUCAAACAGGUUUUGAUUGCAGCAAGUUCGAAGGAGAAGGCACAGGCUCACAUAAAAGAGCUCGAGGAAGAAGUAAAACUGCUUAAAGAUCUUUCACAUCCCAAUAUUGUUAGAUAUUUGGGGACGGUUAGAGAAGAGGAUAGCUUAAAUAUUCUCUUGGAGUUUGUUCCUGGUGGAUCUAUAUCAUCACUAUUGGGGAAGUUUGGAGCUUUCCCUGAGGCUGUCAUAAGAACUUACACAAAGCAGUUACUGAUUGGACUUGAGUACUUGCACAAAAAUGGAAUCAUGCACAGAGAUAUUAAGGGAGCCAACAUUCUUGUAGAUAAUAAAGGCUGCAUAAAACUUGCAGAUUUUGGGGCUUCAAAACAAGUCGUUGAGCUGGCUACCAUUUCUGGUGCCAAGUCUAUGAAGGGUACUCCGUAUUGGAUGGCUCCUGAAGUUAUUCUUCAGACUGGGCAUAGCUUCUCUGCUGACAUAUGGAGUGUGGGAUGUACUGUGAUUGAGAUGGCCACUGGAAAGCCUCCCUGGAGCCAGCAAUACCAACAGGAGGUUGCUGCUCUCUUCCAUAUAGGUACAACUAAGUCUCAUCCGCCAAUCCCUGAUCAUCUCUCUGUUGCAGCUAAAGAUUUUCUGCUAAAGUGUUUGCAGAAGGAACCAUAUUUGAGGUCAUCGGCAUCAGAACUGCUGAAGCACCCCUUUGUUACUGGUCAACUUAUGGAUUCUCCUCCUCUUUCAUCUACUGCCAUGGAAAGUUCUGGAGCUUCUCCAUCACAUGACCCAAAUGUUGACUCCUUAGUUUGCUGCUCAACAGUAAAUCCUGAGGACUCGGAAAAUGAAAAUUUAUGGAGAAUGAACAAUGAUGAUGACAUGUGUGAGAUUGAUGAUAAAGAUGAAUUCUCAGAGAGUGAUGUCAAAUACAAAUCAUUGAUGUCAGAUAAUAUUGAGAGUUUCAAUCCAAUGUCUGAUCCCUCUGAUGAUUGGGGGUGUAAAUUUGAUGCCAGUCCAGAACUGCAAAAAAGCAGAGUUAGUUUUGACACUGAUGAAAGUUACAUGCCACCUGGUGAGUCAAGUACUGACAAGGGGCAGAAAGAUUUUUCCUUUCCUUGUGUGCCAUCUUUAUCAGAGGAAGAUGAUGAGCUUACAGAGUCUAAAAUUAAAGUAUUUUUGGAUGAGAAGGCUCUUGACCUGAAAAAACUGCAGACACCAUUAUAUGAAGAGUUUUACAACAGUUUAAAUACAUGUAGUUCUCCGAAUGUGAUGGAUAGCACAAGUGAUGAUGCUGCCGCUCGAAAAUUCUUGAAGUUACCUCCUAAAAGCAAGUCACCGAGUCGGGUCCCAAGUAGCACACAGUCUAAAGCAGUUGACAGUGCUGGAAGUCCUGGAAGUAAUGGCAGGUCCUCAUCAACUGUUUGUAGUGUCAAUAACCAUGGUUCACAGGAUAUCCCGGCAUCGCCCCUUGGUGAAUGGAAAGGAAAGAUAGUUGACUCCCAGAAGGAGCCCAAUAGCCCGAGUUUGAACUUCUCUGAAAGACAGAGGAAGUGGAAAGAAGAGCUCGACCAGGAGCUUGAGAGAAAGCGAGAAAUGAUGCGCCAAGCUGGUAUGGGGGGAAAGACAUCUUCACCAAAGGAUCGAGCAUUACGGCCGAGAGAGCGGACAAGAUUUGCUUCUCCCAGCUAAAAGGAGCAUUGGUGGAGGGUUCAUCCUGCCUUCGUGAAUGGAUCUUAUUAGCCACUCUGUUUGCAAACACGUAUUGCUGCAGUUUUGUUGGGGUUGUUAAUGUUAUAUAUCCGAUUUGGCUGGUUUGCCAUUGGACAUAUAUCUGACAUGCUCAGCUUGUUCGUGUUGGUGUGCCAUGUAAAGUUUUUUACACAGGUGUGGCUCCAAAAUUUAGUUUCCAUUGGGGCUGAGAGAUGGUUGCGAAGCCCUUCUGUAUUAUUAUGAAUAUAGAAAUAAUCAGAAUUAUGUGGCUUAAUUGCCUUUGGAACUACUAUUGCCACUAUAUAAUAUAUCAUUUCUUUGUUUUCA